CCUUACGCCUUGUUUUUUCUUCCUUGUCAUACUCUGCGACCAUGAUCUCAUAGCCCUGAACUCAUUCCCCCCCUUGAAGAUGGUCGACCUAGUUCUCCUCGCGAUAAUUGUCCUCCCACUGGUCGUGUUCCUUCCCGGCCUCAAAACGUGGCUCGCAACUCACCUCCCCCACGCCCUGACGACUCUUAUCACCCUGCGCCGCGGCCACCAGCGCCCCAAACAAUCCCACGAGAUCGUGGCCCUCCGAGUCUACCCCAUCAAAUCCUGCCGUGGACUCACCCUCCCACGCACGAAGUUGCUGCAGCAUGGCCUCGACCUGGACCGACGGUGGAUGAUCGUCGACGCGACGACGCACGAGUUCCUCACCAUCCGCACAAACCCGCGCAUGACGCUGAUCACCACCGCCCUGACCACCAGCACCAGCACCAUCACCACCUCCUCCUCCUCCGAAACGGCGCAAGACAACUCACCCCUGGACCUAACCAUCUCGCUCCCUGCCGCAUCCACGCAACAUCCAGCCGCCAAAAUCACCAUCCCCGCGCACCCGACGCCGACCUGGCUCGCCCAAAACACCACGCUCGCAUCUGACAUCAAGAUCUGGGACACCACGACCGACGGCUACAUCUACAAGCCCGAGAUCAACGCCCCCAUCGGCGACUUCCUCGGCCGCGAGGUGGCGCUAGUGUACAAGGGACCGACCCCGCGCAUCCUGCAGGGCAACGGGGCCCCGCGGCUGCUGGGCCGCGAGCAAUCCACCAAUUUCCCGGACGUGCAUCCCGUGCUGAUCGCGUCGGAGGCGUCGCUGGGCGAGUUGAAUGAGCGGCUGGUCAAGCAGGGCGAGGCGGCGAUCACGGUGGAGCGGUUCCGGCCGAACGUGGUGGUGCGGGGCCAGGUGGCGUGGGAGGAGGAUACGUGGAAGACGGUGCGGGUGGUGGCUGGUUCUGCUUCGGCUUUUGAAGGUAGUGGUGCAGAGAGUGAGGGCCAGGCGGCUGGCAAUGGCACUGGGAAAGGCUUGGAGCUGGAUAUCGUGGCGCGCUGCGCGCGGUGUCAGGUGCCUAAUGUCGAGCCGACCUCGGCGGUGAAACAUAAGAAGCAGCCUUGGGAUACGUUGAUGGCAUAUCGCAGGGUCGAUGAGGGGAUGAAGUAUAAGCCGUGCUUUGGGAUGUUGAGUGCGCCCCGGCAGGAGGGGGAGAUCGCGGUGGGGAUGCGGUUGGAGGUGUUGGAGGAGACGACGGAGCAUCGGUAUAUUGCUGGUUUUUAGGGAUUCAGGGAGUAGAAGGUGGGGAGGUUUUUGUUUGAGGAGCCCGGGGCUGAAGGGGGGGAAGGGAGAAGUGGGAGUAAAUCCAUGAGGCUAUAUAAAAUUGUACUGUCUUGUAGGAAAGGAGAAAAGGUGGGUGGGAUUGACCUGAAGUAGGAGGAGGUAAUAGCUAA